GACACUCGAUUGUGUUUUCCUGUUGGGAUAUGGUGACAAAAUAUUUUGCUACAAUGCUAGCAAAAUCAACUGUGGCCGCUCAGUUCCGUUCUGAUGCUCGGUAAACGAGCAUCGUAAAAGCAGACAUUAGAAGGGUGUAUCAAAAGUGAAGCGUAAUUUUGCCGAGAGAAGUGAACUUUUGAGGAUUUUUUUUUUAUUAUGAGUGGAUAAAGAUGAACUUCAAGCAAAAUAACGCCGUAGCAUCUGCAGUAGGUGUACCACGGUUGAUCGUUCUGUUGCUGCUGUUCGCGGGCACAGUGACAGCUGCUCUCCCGGGGCAGUCCACCUUCAGCUGCCAUCGGCAUGGGCGCGAAUGCAAGCUGUGGAACCUUUACUUGGACACACCGGACGAGGUGUCCGAGGCGCUCAUCAACACCGGUGGCGAUGGUAGCGGUUCGUUCGUCGAGGUUGAAAUAGCGUACUCGUCGCUACCGAUCAUCCCGCAGUCACUGUUUAGCGACAACGAAAAUGUGGUCUCGCUCAAGAUGGAAGAUUGUGAUGUGGAGCUGCUCGAACCGAGCACCUUCGAUGAUGCGCACGAGCUGAAGUACUUGCAGCUACAGAAGAACCAUCUGACGGUGCUGAAGGAUGAUGCGUUUGUACGUGCAUCGAAGCUGCUGCGCAUCAACCUGGGUGCGAAUCGGAUCGUUACGGUCGGUGAGUUUGCCUUCCGUGGGUUGGAUAAUUUGGAAACGUUACGGCUGUCGCGAAACAAGAUCGCUCAGUUCGCGAGCAAAACGUUCGUCGGAUUGCAUCAGCUGACGGAGCUUAAUCUCGAUCACAACCACGCGGAGGAGUUACCGGAUCGGUUGUUUGAAGAGUUGGGACAACUGAGGGAGUUGCAUCUAGAUCACAACUAUCUGUCCGGGUUGUCGCGUAACACGUUCCUCGGGUUGACGGCCCUGCGAAAAUUGAUACUGAAAGAGAACGAGUUGAUAUCGAUCGAUCCACAAGCCUUUGCACCGCUUGUCGCACUCACCGAGCUUGAUCUCGAAGGAAACAAUUUGAAGCUCCUAUCACCGAAUACGUUCGUUCCGCUCGGACAUCUACGUGAACUUGUCCUUGCUGACAACUACAUCGAGCGGCUAGAUGAUGGAAUUUUCGCGGGCAACAUCAACCUGGAGAUACUGAAGCUAAACAAUAACUCCAUCGAGGAGUUGCAGCCUGCCGUGCUGGCCAGCUUGAGAAACUUGGAAGAUUUAUCACUGCAGCAUAACGAAAUUCGGGUGCUCGAUAAGCACCUGCUGAAAAGUGCCACCAGUCUGAGGGUGCUCCAGUUGGAGGGAAACGUUAUUCAUAAGAUUAUCCCGGGCACGUUUGAUACCCUUAAACGGUUGGAGACGCUAGACCUGGAGGAUAACAGUUUGUCAUCGAUUGAGGGAGGUCUGUUCAGCGGUUUAUCAUCGCUGGAAAAGCUGUACAUUAACGAAAACCAGAUUGAGGAACUGAAACCGGGUACGUUGAAGGGGCUGGAGCGGUUGAGAAAGUUGGAGCUAGAGCAAAACAUCAUUAGACGCAUUGAUGAGCGGUUCCUGGACGAUACGACUCAGUUGCGUACACUGUCACUAGAAGAGAACCUUAUUGAUGAGAUACCGGCUAAGCUGUUUGCUAAUCAGAAGAGUUUGAAGGAAAUUUCGCUGGAAAACAACAACAUCCAGCAACUGCCGGAUGGAGUGUUUGCGGCAAUCUCCACCUGUCUGGAGGAGCUUUAUCUUGCUGAUAACGAUCUGUCAGAGUUAUCACCAGCCGUACUCGAUCUUCCCCGCUUGGAGCUGCUCGACAUAUCCGAUAAUAAGUUUCGCGAUCUUCCGGACGAUAUGUUUAGCAAGGCGAAACAAUUGCACGAGUUGUAUGCGGAUGGUAACAUGAUCGAUGACGUACCUGAUGCAUUGCGAUCGUUGCUACGAUUGUCCAUACUUUCGCUCACACGUAACCGUUUGCAUGAUAUCGACCCGCAGAGCUGGAGCAUGAUGCAGCGUUUGAAGGAGUUGUAUCUGUCGGAGAACUUCAUCCAAGUGCUCACUCCGCAAAGCUUCGAGCGGUUGGAGUCGCUGAAAGAAUUGCAUCUCGACCGGAAUCAUUUGCAUACCAUUCCUGCGAGCACGUUCGCACGUAAUGGUAAUUUGGAGAAGUUAAAUCUUUCCAGCAAUCAUUUGGAGGGACCGUUGGUAAACAGUUUUGCUGGAUUGUGGAAACUGAAAGAUCUUCAGCUAGCGGACAAUCCGCUAGUUACAAUGGAUUCCAAUAGCUUCCGUGAUUUGCGGAAGGUAGAGAAACUGUCGCUUGAGAACGUUAGUCUGGCCGAUGUAAGUGGUAGUCCAUUCUAUGGUAUGUCCUCGCUGGAAAAACUAGAUCUGGACGAAAACAGUGUUCAGCGUCUCGAGGGAUCAUCUCUGAGAGGGUUGGAAAUGUUGGAAAAGUUGUACAUCAAUCACAACCCGGUAUCGCGCAUCGAUACGAACACGUUCAAACAUUUGGGUAAUCUGAAGACCAUCUCUAUCGGACCUGGCGCAAUCGAUUUCACCGAAGAUUUGCUACAGAACAACCAACGGUUGAAGGAAUUGUAUUUGUUCGAUUGUGUUGCUAGCCCAAUUCCUGGUAGAUUUUUCCAUUUCAACAAGAAGCUGCAAACGUUGGCGAUCGUCAAUAAUAGUAAGCUGGGUGUGCUGAAUAAACAGUGGUUUAAGGAUCUAUCUAACCUGCAAAGGCUGGUGCUCAUGCGCAAUGGAUUGACGCAGUUUGAGAAGGGCAUUUUCGAUUCGUUGGACGGGUUGGAUGAACUUUACCUUUCGGGCAAUCCGGUUGGAGAGCUGGAUCGCGACGUGUUUGCCAAGGUUGUUGGAUUGGAGGUGCUGGACCUUUCAAGCAUGAAGCUGCGUACCCUUCCGAUGGGUAUAUUUGACAACCUUUACGAUCUGGAAAACUUGGACUUGGGCGAGAAUCAGUUAGCAAAUGGAUUAACGAAUGGUGUGUUUAGAAAUCUGUACUCACUGAAAAUUCUUUCGCUGGAUAACAAUCAUCUGAAAACGCUCGAUACGGUAUUGUUUGAUGAUUUGAAGAAUCUGCGCACGAUUGAUUUGAGCGGCAAUGAGCUGACUAGUCUUGAUCCUCAACUGUUCCACGACUCACUCGAUCUGGAACUGUUGGAUCUCUCAUCUAACAAAUUCACCACAUUCGAUCUUCAGCAAACGACAUUCUCCAAGACGCUAGUUGAGCUAGACAUGGACGACAACCAGCUCGUUUCGAUCCGAGUAACAGAAGAUCUGGAGGAACUGUAUGUGGAAAACAAUCAGCUAAUGGCGAUCGAGGUAGACAACUCUCCGUCGUACAAUCUGCACAGCCUAUCGAUUGCGAACAAUAAGUUCACUGAACUGGACUCGCUGUACCGGUUCAACAAUCUCGAGGAGCUGGACGUAUCGUACAAUGGUGAGCUUCGAGUACUGGAGUUGGGCAGAAUAUCGAAAACGAUGUCGGUAUUGGAGGUAUUGAACGUAUCUCACUGCGCUAUCGACGAAUUGGAUUUGGCGGAAAUAGAAGUACACGCGUUCCUGGAGCUUUUGGAUGUGUCCGGCAAUAAGCUGAGCAGUUUGGAGAUGGAUGCCUACCGAUAUUUCCCGGCCGUGGAAAGCUUUAUCUUUGGAGGAAAUGCGUUCGAAAAGUUCUCCAUCGAGGAGGUGUUGAACAGUUUUAAGGAUUUGGAAAUGAUAGGACUGGAUGGUACUGCUUGGGAUCCUGCUUUUCUGGAUGAGCUGGAAAGCUACAUACAGGACAGAGAUGUCCGGUUUUGGCAUCAUGGAAGUACCGAGAGUCCAACAUGUACCAUUGCUCGUGUUAGUCAGCUGUUUUACAAAUGUCAAAGAUGUGGGAAAACGGUUCAGUUUCGUUUCGGCAGCGAACCGAGCAAGUGCCCGAGUGUUUUGAAGGUUUUGGAGGAAGUCGCCGAUAGGAUGGGAAGCUUCAAGAGAAGUUUGUUAGAAGUGGUCGCUGUGCUGCUUUUGGUUGUCUGCACAACAGGUGAAAAGGUGUUUAGCUGUGACUACAAUGUGUGCGAAUUUGUGUUGGACGAGCAUGGCCUAGGGGAGGAUAUACACUCGUAUAAGUUUAAUAUCACUGAAGGAAGCGGUACUAUUGACGUAAAUUUUUAUGGAUCGCGUCUAUCAAUUGUUCCACCGUCGCUGAUCGCUGACUACGGGCACAGACUGGACGUGUUGGAUAUGCGUGAGGUAGAUGUAGAACGCGUCGAUCCCGACACGUUCGGUGAAGCAUACGUACUUCGAAUGCUGCAUAUGCAGAAAAAUCGCAUUCCAAAGCUGCAUAACUACAUGUUCCGUAAUGCAACGAAUCUCGAGAGAAUCAUCUUCGGAAGCAACCGCAUCGAUGUGGUGGAAGAGUUUACGUUUGCAGGAUUGGAGAAUUUGAAGGUGCUUCGACUGUCCAGAAACAAGGUUGAAUUGCUGCCACAGAAGUUGUUUGCCGGUUUGAAACGACUAACGGACCUACACCUCGAUCACAAUCGCAUUGUGGAGUUGCCGGAUAGACUGUUUGAGGAUCUAUCAAUGCUAGAUGAACUGUAUCUGGCCUUUAACUACAUAGAGAAACUUAGAAAAGAUAGCUUUGUUGGGAUCCCCAAAGUAAAAAUUCUAGCGCUGCAAAAUAACCGCAUCAAAUCGAUCGAACCUGAAACGUUCAAACCGUUGUUAGCUUUGAACAAUCUUUAUCUACAGUCAAACAAAUUAACUAAACUUGCACCGGAAACGUUCCUGUCACAGGUGAAACUAAGCUAUCUGGAUUUGAGUGUGAACAACUUGACAGAGCUUCCGGAAGAUCUGUUCCGCCAAACUGUUGAACUGGAAGAUCUACGAAUGAGCAAUAAUUCUCUUGAGGAGCUGCCUCGCGGUUUGUUUGAGAGUUUGGUGAAGCUAGGUGAACUGCAUAUCGAGAACAAUCGGGUGAAUACGUUCGAAGACGGACUAUUUAGUAAUCUUCAAAAACUGAAUGUGCUGCUGCUGGAGAACAACUUAAUAAGUACCAUUCACCGCGGUACGUUCGAUUCGUUGACAGAGCUCGAGCUGUUGGAUCUGGAUAACAAUAGGCUCUGGUUAAUUGAAGGAGGUUUAUUUCGCAAUUUGACAGCUUUGAAAAGGCUUUACCUUAACAAUAAUCUUAUCGAAUGGCUAAGCGGCGAAUGUUUGAACGGCGCUACUCUUCUUAAAGAAAUCCAUCUAGAUAAUAAUCCGAUUCGAACGCUCGACGAAGCAUUUCUACAGACCCCUCAAUUGACACUGUUGACGAUGGAUAAGUGUGGGCUGAAGACCUUACCAAAAAAUCUGUUUGCGAAUCAAAAGUUUAUGCGUUUACUUUCCCUGGAGGGUAAUAAACUGUCCGUGCUAGAUCCGGAAACGUUCCAGCCACUCGAGCGACUAGUUGAGUUGGAUCUCAGUGCGAAUCGGUUGCAAAAUAUUUCGACCAGCUUAGCAAAUCUUUCCCAGCUUGACGUACUGGAUCUAUCGGGCAAUCGUCUCCGCAGCCUAUCGGACAAUGCAUUCGUAAAUAUGACACAUUUGAAAAAGAUUAACCUUGAAAACAACAAACUGACAGAAAUUCCCCUUGCGGUAACCAAACUUCCAAAGCUGAGAGCGAUGACGCUCGAGAAAAACAAAAUUAAAUCUACUGCCGUGAUGGAUAACAUGGAACUAAAAGAACUUUACUUGGCCAACAAUGAAAUAAGUUCUCUUCAGUUAGAAAAAUUCCCCAAGCUGGAGGAGCUGUUUGUGGAAAAUAACUUACUGCAUAGCCUAUCAGAAAUUACAUUUGUAAACAACAUUAAAUUGACAACUUUAGAUUUAUCUGGUAACCGUCUUUCCGGUCCAUUGGAGCGUGUUUUCACCCCUCUUAGAAAGCUGGAAACACUCACUUUAAGUGACAAUGCGUUGGGGUUAUUAACACCUGCAACGUUCCAAGGGCUAGUAAGUCUGGAAGAUCUUACGCUAAAGAAUAUCAGUCUCCCUGCACUCAGCAACCUUCCGUUUGCUUCCCUUUCGGAUUUGGAAAAGUUGGAUCUAUCGGAGAACCGGCUGGCCAACGUUGAUGCGCCGGCUCUACGUAACAAUGGAAAGCUCAAAGAAAUCUACCUCAAUGACAACCUUGUAAGCAUCGAUGACUUGAGCGGCUUGGUGGGACUGAAACGUUCAGAAUCGAUGUCACUUUCGUAUGAAAACGUGAUCGUACCAAAUGCGCUGCUGGAAAACAAAACGAAGCUCGGGGAGCUUUUCAUACAGGGAAGUACGUUCAGCAGUCUACCGGUGCACUUCUUCCGUUCUGCGCGAUCGCUCAAAAAGCUAUCAUUCUCCGACAAUAAGCAGUUUGUGAAGCUUCCAAAAGAUUUCUUCGCGGAUGUGCCGUAUCUGAUUGAGCUGGUUUUGCUGAACAAUAGUCUAUCUACUCUCGAGACGGGGGUAUUCGAUCCCUUGGGAUUACUAGAGAAGUUGGAUGUGUCGGAAAAUCCGAUCAGGUCGCUACCAGAAGGUUUGUUCGCAAAGACGUACAGUUUGAAAAGCUUGAGACUAGCUGAUGCAAAUCUAUCCACCGUGCCCGUUAGAAUGUUCGAUAACCUGUACGAACUGUACGAGCUUGAUCUGAGCAACAAUCAGCUGAAAACGCUUCCGAACGGUGUUUUCCGUCGUCUCUACUCACUGGAAAUCAUUUCGCUGGAUAACAAUCUAUUCGAGCAGGUGGAACCGGCUCUAUUUGAUGGUAUGGUUAGGCUAAAAAGAGUACAUCUGGCUGGCAACAAGCUGACCACCUUGGAUCCUCAACUGUUUGCCGGACUACCGCUAGAAGGACUUGAUCUUUCUAACAACAAAUUCACCUCGUUCGACGAGAGUGUGAUGGCGUUUGCCGAUCAGCUGCUUAUUCUGGGACUAGAAAGAAAUGCUCUUACAUCGCUGAAGGUAUCGUCUACGCUUGAGAAGCUGUACAUCGAUGGCAACCAAUUGUCUACGAUCGAGGUGCAACUGACGGAGUCGGCAGCAUUCAGCACACUCACGACCAUUUCGGCUGUAGGCAAUAAUUUCAGCAGCCUCGAAACAUUCUACAAGCUCAAAAUGCUAUCCGAACUGGACGUGUCCUACAACAGGUUUGCCGAGUUGGAGCUAGGCAAACUGUGUAACGAAAUAGUACCCCUAUAUAUGUUGAAUGUAUCGAACAGCUUCGUGCAGCGUAUCAAGACCGAUGGCAUUGAAUCACCGACGUCCCUAAUGCAUCUAGAUAUCUCAAACAACAACCUUACGACACUGGACGUAGGUAACUUCGCAGUGUUCCAGAAUCUGGAGAACUUUGUGUUAGGAGGCAACAAGUUCGAUUCAUUUUCGGUGUCCGAUCUGAUAAGGACGUUCAAGUAUCUGAAAACAAUCGGCCUGGAAGGUACGACGUGGAAGUGUGGUUUUUUGAACAGUUUGAAGGAGUCAAUGAAGGAGGUCGAUGUUGAGUUUUGGUACAAAUCACGGGAUGAAGAAUACGAUAGUGCUGCAGAUGUGUGUUCGAAGGAGGUCGACGGUAUUUGCUGCGAAUGAAGAGACAACAUGCAGAGGGAGAGCGAGCGCAAAAGAGAAAGAGAUAUGGAGAAGUGAGAAAGAGGAAGAAAGAGAGAGCGAGAGAGAGCGAGAGAGAGAGAAGAAAUUAACAUUUGAAUGAA